CUACGUGCAAUGCUGGCAAUCUGUUGAAAUCUAGGAUUGGACAGUGGGGAAAGGUGCAUUUGUGGCAGCUACACGUCGCCGAUGGACGUCCAAAGCAUCUGAGAUCAAGCCGCAACCAAGAUCCAACAUCAGUACGAGAUUGGUCGUUCGUGAGUUCACAUCCUUACGGAGAAAUAUCUAUUUUUCUGUGAUCGCAGAACAAAGCAAAGGAGUGUUCCAAGUACAAUCCACCUUUUAAAGAAUGAUCCGGUCUCUUAAGCAAUUUUUGGCGUUCUCCGCCAUAGUGGCCUUGGGAAUUGCUUCGAAAAUGGUUGAACCUGGAGCGAAUCGGCAAAAAAAGUUAUUGAGCCUUUUCAACAUUGUUCAGUUCGAUAAUGACCAAUGCACUGGCACAGGUGGAACCCUUGGGACUUGCUUCACAAGUGCAGAAUGCAUGAAUCGUCAAGGAAUUGCCAGAGGAAGUUGUGCGGCAGGAUUUGGAACUUGUUGCGCCUUUCAGAUUUCCACUUGUGGAGGAGUUGUAACUCAAAACAACACGCUCAUUCAGAAUGAAAACUUUCCGACUGGAACAACAACUAAUCGGGUGUGCUCAUUUUCAAUCAGUAAUGUAGCGGGAGCGACAAAUAUUUGUCAGAUCAGGCUAGAUUUCAUCAACACGGCUCUUGAACAACCGAAUGGGAUGGGCCUUUGUGAGAAUGACAUGCUGACGGUAACGACCACUCCAGCUACUGUAACUUAUCCAAUCUUGUGCGGAGAUCUUUCAGGACAACAUAUGUACAUUGACGUUGUUCGAGGAUCCGUGGGUGCAGUUGCCAAUGUGGAUGUUCAAACUCAGACUGCCACGGGAGCUCGAUUGUUUAACAUCAGAACCUCUUAUAUUGAUUGCAACAGCCUGUCCAGACCACCCCAAGGAUGUCGUCAGUACUUCGAGGGCCCUUCCGCUCGGAUCCAAAGUUACAAUUUUGGAGGUCUUCACUUGCAAAAUCAGCAGAUUUCUUAUUGUUUCAGACAGGAAAUGGGGAGAUGUUCGUUCACAGUUAGAGAGAGUACUGUGACUGGUGCAGGGGAUGCUUUUGAGCUCAUCCAAGGAGCCGGGGAGAUGGAAAUGGUUAUUACAGUUUGCACAAUCUCAUUCAUUCAAUUCCCGAUCAUGCCGACCCUUGGGCAAGAUAAUCGAUGUGGAAAGAUAUUUGGUCUGACAGCUGGAGAUACCAUUCCGAGCAACGUCCCUUCUCAAAGAUCAACUCCAUUCAGGAUACUUUUCCAGACCAUUGACAUGGAUCAAGCUAUGGGAAAAGGAUUCGACCUCACGGUGACUCAAAAUCCGUGUUGAUUGUAAUGAAUUGGUUCUCAAUGGAACAUUGAUUGAAUAAAGUAAU